ACCCAAGACACAACAUCUCUCCCCAAAGGUUGUCAUUUAGGAAUUGAUUUUUCUUUGUAAGACCGCAAAGCCUGUGCAAUACAAUACAAUCUAAACCCAGUAGAUAACAACACCCUACAAAAUUCUUUCAUUUUUCUGUUCAAUUCCCGAAGGAAGAUGAGCCUGAACUGCCUCACCUGCCACACCCUGCAAAGAUCAGACUCUGACAUAGACAUAGGAACUCUUAAAGAUUCAAAGAUCACAGAAAAAAACGCAACGUCAGGAUAUGAAAAAAUGGUAAGGAACCGAACAAUGUUGCCAGCGGUGAGACGGGUCAAAAUGGGACAUCGAAGGCUCUACAGCGCGGACGCGGUGGUCUAUAGGGAUCUUGACGAGCCAAAGCUGGCAAGAAGCAGUGGGCUUAGAAGGGAUUGGAGCUUUGAAGAUCUAAAGAAACAAAGAGAUGAGAUAAAAAUUGGAGAGACAAUAAAGGAAUAAGUCAGAUCUCCUUUCUGACGUUUGUUCUCAUGCAUGUCCUUGUUGUUGUUAACUUGUAAGUUCCUUUCAAACUGUAAGGAUAACCUACCGCCCAAUG